UGAGAGAAAAAAGUACAAAGAACCUGGAUAUAUUUCCUAUGUACUCAACUAUCUUUUUUUCCCCCUUCAUAUCCAUUGAGUUUAAGCCAUCUACAUAUGCAAGAGAGAAAGUGUGAGAUUGAGAACAUGGAAGAAAGUAAAGGAAGAGUGUGUGUGACUGGAGGCACAGGGUUUAUAGGUUCAUGGAUCAUCAAGAACCUCCUUCAACAUGGUUACUCUGUUAAUACCACUCUCAGAUCCAACCCAGAACACAAGAGAGACAUUAGCUUUCUUACUAAUUUGCCUGGAGCAUCACAAAAUCUUCAAAUUCUGAGUGCUGAUCUCAGCAAUCCAGAAAGUUUCGGUGCAGCCAUUGAAGGGUGCAUUGGAGUUUUCCAUGUUGCAAGCCCAAUGGAAUUUGAAUUAAAAGAACCUGAAGAAGUUAUGAUAAAAAGAACCACUGAUGGAGCAGUAGGAAUUCUCAAGGCAUGUCUCAAUUCCAAAACUCUGAAGAGAGUAAUCUAUACUUCAAGUUCCUCUGCUGUUUUGUACCAUAACAGUGGCAAAGAUGAUAAUGAAGAAGUUGUGUUGGAUGAGAGUUUUUGGAAUGAUGUGGAUUACCUUAGAGCAUCAAAGAUGAAUGGUUGGUUGUAUUAUGUUUCUAAGACACUCACAGAAAAAAUUAUUAAUUGA